AUGAAGAAUAAUCAUGAUAUUCCAAACACGAAUGGCGAUGCGACGGCAUCCGCGUCGAAAAGGAAGGCCCCCAAACUCCGACCUCCCAAAUUGCGAAAUGGCCCAACUUCAGAUCCGGAAACGAGCGACUUCAAUGAGCAAAGAAUGAAUGGUGUUACCAACUCUACCAAAUCAAACUCUCCGCCUGGGAACUCAAGUAGCAUCUCCACAGAUCCAAGACAGAAUGACCUACUACAUCCUUCACCUCAGGCUGCACCUCAGGUUGAUGAAAACCAAAAUCAGCGUACUCGACACCGCCGCGGACCCCGUCGAUCUUCGACACAGUCACAAGAUCCCUAUCAGGAUCAAAGCAUUGAGCCCGAGGACAGGGAUAACAGAAGUUCGGAACAACGGACGCUGAAGGAAAGGCGCGUGAGCCACAUGCUUCACCCUCCGGAAGCCAGCGGCCAGAUACAGGGGAACGGCGAACUUGUUUCAAGGCCAGCAGCUGGAGGUGUGGAGCAAGUGUCAGAGGUUACAGAAGUAAAUCCUCAGUCGAAAAAGAACGAUCAAUUAAAGCUGAGGUUGGACUUGAACCUGGAUAUAGAAAUUGAAUUAAAAGCCAAGAUCAGAGGAGACGUAACACUGCAAUUACUACAAUAA